AUGGUUGAGCUUCCUGAUGUGGAGGUUCAUUCUGAUUCGUCCGUCUCAGGUUCUUUUGAGUCGAUAGCUUCUUAUAUCCCACCGUUGGGAUUCGGUUACAUUCCUCGUAUGGACGGUGAUGAGGAGAUGGAGUCGAAGCAGCCUGCUGAGGCUCCUGUUCUUCCAGAUGAUCCGAUUCCUGCUAUGCUUGCUGAUCAGCAGCCCGCUCCAGUCAUUUCCGAGCCCGUUCUUGCCAUCGACCCUGUUCCUGUCAUUGAUACACCCGUCGUUGCACCACCAGUCGUUGAGAUCCCAGAGGUAGCACCCAUACCCGAUCCCAUGACGAAUUUUGAUGACCUUGCACCGUUUGCUACCCACAUUGACCCGAGAUACGCUAACACCAGCAAUGGGUGGAUUGAGGAGGAUGACUACCCUCCAUAUGUAGUCCUAGUCACCCCCCUUACCGCACAUACUGUUGUACCACUCGAUGUUCCCUUGUUUCCUCCACCCACAUCUGGUACCCAUGGUACCGACCUUCCUAUCACUUUCCUUCAGGACAUUCCUCCGCCCCAACCUGGGGAGGAAUCGUCGAGUCAGCCCUUCGACCACACUCCAUUUAUGCCAGGGGAUAGCCAGUUCUUACCACAUAUCCCUUAUCCAGAUUUUGUUCCACCUGUGUCAUCUACUGCACCUUUCGUGACCCAAUUUCCCCAUACCACUUCACAGUUUGCAUUUACCCCACACACUACACAUCCAGCUUCAGCCCCGAUGGGUGAGCCAUUUCUAUGGUCAUCACCCCACGUUAUGCCAGUAUCCGACCCUUAUCAUCCCUUCCAUGUCGGAUACUCUAUAGAGGACACGCUCACGUCAUUGCAGUUACAGCAGGACGCCUUGAGACGGUGUGUCCAGCGGUUGGAGAGAGCUCCACAUCCUCACUUCCCCUGUCAGACUUUGUCUACAGCAUCUCACACUUCUUUCCCAUCAUCUCAGGAUUCGGACGUUCGUUUCCUCCCUCCCGAUCAACAGGUUGCUUUCGUGUUGCGUUUUGCCUAUGCACUUGAGGAGGACUUCGUGCAGUUGCGCCGAUUGAUUUUCUCUCGUUUUCCACCUCCUCCGCCGCCAUCGGCAUAG